CAUGCGAUGGGACCUGCGCAUGAAAUCCUGAAACCUGCCACAGUUAGCGAACACACGGAGAGCGCGGAGACGGACAGUGAGCGCGCUCAUGAUGAGAACAGCCCGUUCAAUUACCCGUGUGCCCCCUUUGGACACUCCCUUCUCACUCCAGUGCUUACUCUACCACGAAAUCCAGCGCUGGAUUCCAAGAUACUACUGCUCGCCUGGAGAUUUAAAACUGGACAGAGGCAUGAUAGUCCAGUACAGAAGACGGAGGGAUGCGAGUGCGUUUGGUGCGAUGAUUAACAUCCCGUUUUUGCCUGUGUGCUCCUGAGAAGAACGGAAAGACAAGUCAAGUGUUCUAGCACUCAAGACAGCUGAUGAGGAGCAGCAGGAAGAAGAAAUCUGACAAAGUAUGGCUGCACCUGAUCUUUUAGAUCCUAAAUCAGCCACACACAACACCAAACCACGGCUGUCGUUCUCCUCCAAGCCCAUUGUAUAUAACUUGGCGGAUGAUUGUGAUACCAUAACCACCGUAAUGAAGUGGAAAACAGUAGUGGCAAUCUUCCUGCUGGUUGUUCUGUAUCUGAUAAUAGGAGCCACGGUGUUCAAAGCCCUGGAACAGCCCAAGGAGAGCUAUCAGAAGAACCUCAUCAUUCAAAAGAAAAUUAACUUCCUUUCCAGGCAUGCCUGUGUCAAUGCCUCUGAACUGGAGGACCUGGUCAAGCAAGUGGUGUUUGCUAUCCGGGCCGGGGUCAAUCCUUCGGGUCACCCCUCCAAUGAGAGCAGCAUGUGGGACCUCAGCAGCUCCUUCUUCUUUGCAGGGACUGUCAUCACCACUAUAGGCUUUGGAAACGUCUCUCCACACACAGAAGGAGGCAGGAUCUUUUGCAUUAUCUAUGCCCUGCUGGGGAUCCCUCUCUUUGGGUUCCUAUUGGCUGGAGUGGGCGAUCAGCUGGGAACCAUAUUUGGCAAAGGAAUCGCCAAAGUGGAAAAGAUGUUCGUGAAAUGGAACGUGAGCCAAACUAAAAUCCGUGUGACAUCCACGGUCCUGUUCAUCCUGUUUGGGUGCCUGCUGUUUGUGGCCCUUCCCGCCCUCAUCUUCCAACACAUUGAAGGCUGGAGCACUCUGGAGUCCAUCUAUUUUGUUGUCAUCACUUUAACCACUAUUGGAUUUGGAGACUUUGUGGCAGGCGGCUCUGAGAUUGAGUAUUUGGACUAUUAUAAGCCCAUUGUGUGGUUCUGGAUCCUGGUGGGUCUUGCCUACUUCGCUGCAGUUCUCAGUAUGAUUGGAGACUGGCUUCGGGUCAUCUCCAAGAAGACCAAAGAGGAGGUGGGAGAGAUCCGCGCUCACGCUGCAGAAUGGACAGCUAAUGUGUCAGCAGAAUUCAAAGAGACACGUCGCCGCCUGAGUGUGGAAAUUUAUGACAAGUUUCAGCGAGCAGCGUACAUCAAGCGCAAGCUGUCAUCAGAGCUAGGCCAAAAUCCAGGACAGGACAUGAUGCCAUGCAAGAGAACCCUGUCUGUAAACUUCACAGAUGAACUUGAGAAAGAUGGUCUCCCAACCUUGACCAAAAACGGCAGCCUGUACCUGAACGGUCUUACUCCGGACUGCCCCGAUCACGGCGAGAUAUCCAUCAUUGAACAUCUCAAAUAAAGCUCAAGCUUCUCCUGCACAUGUGAAAACAGAACAGGAAGAUACAUUUGUGUCCACAAAAACUUUAUCAGAAGCGUUCAUAUCUUUCCUGGAUGUAUACUGAUCUACUAGAAUCAGUGAGAGGGUGACUUUAUGCCUUGUGACAGUCAGAUGAAUCUGUCUAUACAUUUUGUAGGAAUUAAGAUGUUUGAUAAAGUCUGUAUUCUUGAGCAAAACAUGAAAGCAACUUUUAUUAUCCAGUGAAUUAUAUUCGUGCCUUAAAAUCACCAGGAAUGGACUUCCCAGAAGCUGCUACACUGAUACUGAAAAACGAAUCUUGUCCAAACACUAGCAAAUGUAAUUGGUUUUUGGAUGCGUAUCCCAAGCCCAGCAUCUGUGAUCGUCUGUUAAAAAACCAUUACAGGGUAUCAGGCAAGAAUGUCUGAGCAUUUAUGCUACUGACAGAGCUGUGACUGGUGGUUCACCAGUUUAGUUUAUAUCUUUCAUUAGCACAUGGAUUUUUUUUUAAAUCCACAUACACAUUCUGUUUAAAAGCAGCUGUGACCGAAAAUAUAUGAAACAGUGUUGGAGUGGAAGAAUCUCAGCUUGUUUCAUUGCAUAAAUUUAGAUGUGAUUUGCACCAAUAGAAUGAUUCUGUAAGCAAAUGAAAGUUUUUGACUGAAUUGGUCAUAAUUGGAAAUAUGUCCAAUACACAAUCAUUAACAUUUCAUUGGCUGCUGAAUAAAGAAAGUUCUGUAUUAAUGCAAUGUAUAAAUAUAUUUAUAGCAUACAUACAUUGUAUGGCAGUUA